AACCGAGGUUAUAACAGAAAUUUUCAAAUCCGGUACGGGUUAAUAAAAAAGCUUUUAAAGUCCGGGUCGGGGCAAAAGUCGUUAAUAGGCUUCGUACCCGAUAAAUACGGUUUCUCUCUCGUUUUCUCAGCAGAGACGCUUUUUUUCUAAUUUUCUCUUCCUCUUCUUCUUCUUCUUCUUCUUUCUCGUUUUUGAGAAAACAAAAAAUCUGAAUCUACAGGUUUCACGAAAAGGAGAAGAAAAAAACAAUGGCGGAUCAGCUCACCGACGAUCAGAUCUCUGAGUUUAAGGAAGCUUUCAGCUUAUUCGACAAGGAUGGUGAUGGUUGCAUUACCACCAAGGAGCUUGGGACUGUGAUGCGUUCCCUUGGACAAAACCCAACCGAAGCAGAGCUUCAAGACAUGAUCAAUGAAGUGGAUGCAGAUGGUAACGGUACCAUUGAUUUCCCAGAGUUCUUGAACCUUAUGGCUCGUAAGAUGAAGGACACCGACUCCGAGGAAGAGCUCAAGGAAGCAUUCCGGGUUUUCGACAAGGACCAGAACGGUUUCAUCUCAGCCGCUGAGCUUCGCCAUGUGAUGACAAACCUUGGCGAGAAGCUUACUGAUGAAGAAGUUGAUGAGAUGAUCAAGGAAGCUGAUGUUGAUGGUGAUGGUCAGAUUAACUAUGAAGAGUUUGUUAAGGUCAUGAUGGCUAAGUGAUGCGGUGUUGGACCAAACAGUGGCUCUAAACUUGGUUUGCAUCUCUUACAUAUAAAUUCUUAUGUUAUGUUCUAUAAUUUUUAUUCAUGGGACUCAAGGUCUGUUUUCUGGUUGUUUAAGACGCGAAUGUUAAUUAUAUCCCUUUUAUGCUCUAUUUUGCGUCUGAACAUUUUCAAGUCUUGUUUUUUUGUUGUCUUGCUCUUGUAAUUUGUAACUUGGUCUAGUUCGUGAUUUUGUUAUUAAUGGUCUCUACUCUCUAGUAGAGCAUUGUAUCAUGGUUUUGUGAAAUGCAAAUUAGAUCGUAUCAA